GCCGCUCCAGCAAACGGACGCACCGAAACAACGAGCGAUAGAAACAAAACUGUGGAAAACCCGAAAUCGAGCCCAUGACUUAUAUAUAGAGCCAGUCGAUUUGUUUACGUGUCGUGACGCGAGUGCCAGCCAGCCUCUGUGUGUGCGUGUGCCAGACCCAAACAAAAGUUUUAGAAAAUCAAACAGAAAAUCACAAUGAUUAGCACCACGGAUUACCCAGCGGUGGAGACCAGCACCGCCUCCGGCGAGGAGCUGUACGCGGAAUACAUUGCCGCACCGGCCAGCAGCAUGAGUCCGGCUGCCAUUGCCGAGCACCUGCAGCAGAACCAGAUCACCUUCGAGAUACCCAGUGCCCACGAUCUGCGACACAUCGACGCCCUCAACUCGUUCAAUGCCCUGCUCCAGCGGAUUGGCAAUGCGGCGGUGACCUAUGACCCCGCUCCGCCCAGCGGUUGGUCCCCAGACGGCAGCAUCAGCACCGAACAGCUCUCCAAGUCGGUGGUGCUGGACCUCGCCGACCUGCGGGAUCGGUCCGAGGAGGCCGGGGACUCCUCAUCAUCGUGGUUUAGCCAGAUCUUCGGCGAUGCGGACAUGCAUGUGAUCAUCAACUAUCUGUGGAUCGGAGUGGUCAGCUCGCUGGUCGUCCUGUCUCUGGUUUUCAUCCUGUUCAGCUGCUACUUCUACAGGAAGUUCCGCACUUGGAAAAAAUGCAAUAAGGACAUACGUGCCCAGAUCCAUGCGGCCAGCGACUCGUACUCCUCGCACCUGGUGGGCUGCGAUGCCAGCCGACUGCUGCUGCACCAGCAGUUGCAGGGCCAGCAUCCGCAUCAUCGGAACAACGAGGCGGGAUUUUACCAAAUCGAAUCGCCGCCCUGCUACACAAUUGCCACCGGACUGCCCAGCUACGAUGAGGCACUGCAUCACCAGCCCCGGCACUUUGCCUACGGCAUGAAGUUCGUCUAUCCCUCGCUGGCGGCCGUGCAUCAUCAUCAUCAUCACCAGGCCGCCUGCAUUUCCAACUGGGAGAAGGAUGAGCGGCAGGAGCAGUCACUGAAUAAGCUGCAAAAGUGCAAGCUGUCAACGGCAGUGCAGGAGGAUAAAGCCGACUCCUCCUCGUCCUCGUCCUCGUCCUCGUUCUCAUCCUCCAACUCAUUGCAAGCCACAGCAACGCCUGCCAUUUGCAUUAACAUGCCGAAUGGGCGACAACAGGAGAAGGAGCAGGAUGAGGAGGAUGAUUCCGCUGUGGCAGUGGCACAAAGUUUGCAGCCGGCGGCGGCUGCCGACGAUGAUUGCGCCUCAUUGGUCGUCGUUGUUGCCGCGUGAUUGCCCAGCCAGGGGUCAGGGGUCAGGGGUUAAGGGGCUUGGGCGGGAGUAGCAGCCCAAUUGCUUAGUCACUUGUAAAUAGUUGCAUCGUCUGCUAAUGUUGUUUGCCCCCUGUAAUAACAUAUAUCUCUCAAAUGCCCUCCCCCCCCUUAAGCAAAUUUAGUUUCGUUUUUAGUUAUCUGUUAUAUUAUUGUAUUAUGCAAGACUGAGUAUUAUUUAUUGUACUAUGUAUAAAACCGAAUUGUCUAUCGAUUAAGUCCUAAUAUCUAAGCGAGAGUGGAAAAGAAAAUAUAUAAAACACAAAUGAACACAUUGCAAACUAAA